UACUUUCAUCCUCAAGUUUGCUCCGUUGACAUGAUUAGCUACGAAGUUCUUUUCUAAGUACACUUAACCUUGGUUUCUCCUGAAUAUAAACGAAUCAACCAAAAUGUACGCUCGCUUCUUAGCUUUGUGUAAAGUCAGUGUUAUCCAGCUUCUGUUGUAACUCUAGUCCAUCGCGCUACUACAACGAAUUAUCUAGCUUUGUCGCCUUCCAUUGAUCCUUUAGGAGAUUCUUUCUCUAUGUUUAGUGACUUGACUUAUAUACACUUUAGUAACCCACCAAGUCUUCCCUGGCUGUAUCCUCAACCUAAGCAGGACCAAUGGAGGUGUCCCAUUCGAUCAGGGAGCGCACCAUAGCAGAGAACAGCCUAGUGAUCCUUCUCCAGGGGCUUCAGGGGGAGGUGACCACCGUGGACCUGAGGGAUGAAAGCACGGCGAGGGGGCGUGUGGUCAACGUGGACGCCUUCAUGAACGUGCGUCUGGAGGAGGUGCUGUACCGGGACCGCCGCGGACGGCUCAGUCAGCUGGCCGAUCUGUUUAUCACGGCCAGGAACGUGCGCUACGUCCACAUUCCCGACCACGUGGACAUCAUGGAGACCAUACAGACCCAGCUGACCAGGAUCAGACGCGUUCGCAACUUUGCCGGCGAUAAAGGCGGCAGGAAGGAGUAUCAAAAGAAAAAGAACUGAACUUGGAAGGGUGGAGGACGUUGUGUUGGCCCCAAGGGGCUGACCUUUUCUGACCUGAGUUUCAGCUCCUUGUCACUCAUGGUCAUCCCCAAAUGUGUGGUUUGACAAUGAGCAAUGGAGUUGGCAAGAGCACAAACAGAUCUGGGACCAGGCUAUACUGAAUUGAUAAUAUAAUUGAACUUGAAGAGUGGUAUUCUCAUCCACCAGUUGGCUUUCUCUCUGUCUGUAUGUGGUUGGCUAGCAAUUGAACCAGGGGACGAGGUUAGAAGGGUGGAGGUUGUGUUGCCCCAAGGAGCCUUCCAUCACCGCUCAUUUCAAAUUGUGCAAUUUCUCCUCAUUUCAUUAAUGAAAUUGUGACUCCAGAACAGAACAGAAUAUGAAUUUGAAUUGAUUCUCACAAGUUACAUGUGUCAUCCUUGAGUCUUUAUGUUCAUAAUGCUUUAACAUUAUAACUCACAGAGGGUGACAGGUUCUCCUCUAAUCCAAGGAAAGAAAACAACUCAAGUUUAAGAAUGUCAAUAGUUGGCAUUGUAAAGACUUUUCUUUGGUAAAUAAAGACUAUUCUUUUGGA